GAUUUUAAUUGGAAAAUUCAACAUGAAUCCCAGUUUUCAUAGGCUGCUUAGUGUGGCUUUUUAACUUCGGUUACUGUGAUUCUAUUUGGCCUCAUUCACAAAGCUUUUACUUGUGGGUUAUUAGAUGAAGGCUGUUUUAAAGCUUUUAUAUUAACAUCCACAUUACACUAGCAAGAUAAAUUCUACAUAACGUCUUUCUGAUCUGGUAUUGCUUCAUGUGUUAAAGGUAAUUUUCCGUGGUCUGGUGAAAGGUGGGUUUCUGUAGUAGAGUGGUCAGACAGGAAGUCAAAGUGUUCCUGGAAGGGGACUUUGUUAAUUUGUUUUGAUUUGUUGUGUUUUUAGUCCCCUAAAUGUUCAAAGCCCCCCAAGAUGCCCAUGAACUUGAAGAGUUAAUAGAGCUUUUAAUGCUCUGGCUACAUGCCCAUUCUCAUUUUACCUUCUUCAGUCUUGCGUAGUUCAUUACUAGAGUGCUUAUUUCAGCCACUUGAUGCUUUCAUUGUGACAUCCAUACAAGGAUUUAGAUAUAGUCAAUUAUGAUUAUAUGUGUGGAGAAUUGUAUCCAGGCAUUAUUGUAGUUAAUCACACCUGCAUAUGAAUAGGGUCUCUAAAACAAUCUCAUUAUGCAUUGUGAAAUGAACAUUGGCUAAUGCAGUAAGGGGCUGGCAUUUUAUCAAGGUUUUUGAAAGACUGGUAAUACAGUAUGGAUGUUGUUUAUGCACCAGACCUAUUCGGUGCGCACUUUCUACAAUAACAGUGCAACUCACAUUUUCCAUUGCGGAGAUACAGCACUAUUACAAUUUAUAUAGGUCAUGUGACACAAAGAGUUUACAGACAUGGCUCUGGUAAGUGCAGGACACCGUUCCUUAGCAAUAGUAAAAUACAGUACAUUAUAAAGGCCAAAAUAUUUUGACAUAGUAUAAGUUUGCAAACUAGUGCAAUGUUGAUUUCAUGCUUUUUCUCACUUUACCUUUAUUUAAUGCACUGUAACAAACAUAGCUUGUGACUCAGAGCCUGGCUUGCAUAACAUCACCUGUUGUCAUUUUCUGAGAAGGACAUUGUGUCUUUGGUUUCAGAUGAUUUUAAUUGAUCAUCUUCUUUAAGGUUUUCUUUCAACAACCCAUGACGCUGAAACUAUUGGACAAACAAAAUCCAUAUUUGCAGAUGUUUACUUGGAUAAAACUUGCCUGUGCCCUUGAUCUUUAUAUCCAACCAAAUAGGGCUACUGUACUUCUGAAUGAUAUUCAAAUGUACAGUUUUUCAAUAACAGCUAACACCAGUGGCCACGUGACUGUAUGAAAGUGUUACUGUCCACCAGGUACUUGCUUCACAUGUUUCUUAUUUUAUACAUGGUAAAUACAUGUGAGGGUGACCUAUAUUUGUUCGUAGCACUGACACCUGAUUGGAUGUACAACAGGAAGCACAUCUUUGGAGCCCAAAUCACUCAUACCUGUUUCUAGUGUGUGCCCUCUGACAGGAGGCUGAGCUGUUGACAGCUGUAUUUUGGGUAACACUACUAUAUAACAAUAUAUAACAGAUCACUUUUAGUAAUGCUCCUUUCUGUUUCUGAAAUUAAAAACUUCCUUGGUAUUAGUUUUAUUAACAAGUAUCAAUUUAGAAUUGUUCCUUUAAACAUUAGGCACAGUGAUUGUAAUUAAAUUAAAAAAAUUAAAAUAAAAAAUUGCGCUGUGUCAUGAUUUCACUUGACUCUAACCUCGCUCUGAAACGCACCCAGCUGAAGUUUUCCUGCACGCCAGAAGAGGGUCACACGUGACUUCAUGCACACCACAGAAACCGACUAUUUAAACGCAAGCCAACUGUGCCGCAGCAAGCAGAUCACUACUUGUUCAUAUUGAGAACAGGGCAGGACCACAGUGACAACCUUAAGAAAGGAGUUACCACAAGCCAUUCUCUGCAGUGUCUUGAAGUCAUUCUAUCAAACUCAAUGCUGACAAUGGAAGGAGCUAAUGUCACAGAACAUAUUCCAACGGAAACAACUGACCCACACGGCGCGGUCAACGUCAAGGAGGGGGGCAACGAGUACCUGUACAUACUGAUCGUGAUGUCCUUCUACGGGAUCUUCCUGCUGGGCAUCAUGCUGAGCUACGUGAGGUCUAAGAAGAGGGAGAAGAAAUCCAACGUAUUCUUAUUGUACGAAGAGGAGGAGAGGGAAUGGGGAGGCGUGGUGAAGAAGCACAGCCUGCCUUACAUUUCAGGUCUCAGAGGUGUCCAGGUGUCUCUGCCCUUCAGUGCCCUGUCGGAGAGGAGGGUCCCCGCGGCGUUCGCCUGCGCUGUGUGUUCCAUGGAAGAAAUCAGCGUGAGUUCGGUAUGUUCGUCUGCGGAUAUCCCCUUAGCCAUCGAGGAAGAAUCUGACAGCGAGAACGGAGAAGGCUCCGGCGCGGUUCUUAAAGACAACUCUGAAAACAGCGAAGGUUCUUCACAAGUCAUCAACAAAACAGCCAGCUAGCACACACCUAUACAUUAAUAAUAAUAAUAAUAAUAAUAAUAAUAAUAAUAAUAAUAAUAAUAAUAAGUAAAUAAAUGUUACUUGGUUUCCAUUUCUACCUGUGAGUUUGAAACAUAUUCAGGACUUCUCUUUGGAAAUAUAUAAUGAAACUCUUGCACAGAUCGAUAAUUCAAGCAAAGUUAUAGACCCUGUACAUUUAUUCUAUGUUUUGUAUUGCUAGAGUUGUUGCAAUUAACCUGGAAUGACUUGAAAAAAAAAAGAAAAAAAUCUAAAACUGCAAACAGUUUGCUGCCAUUUUUAUGCUGUAAUUAAUUUCAUGUUGUAGAUUUAUUGGUUCCUGUUAUAUUGUGUAAAUAUUGUAAAAUAAUGAUCUGUAUAUAAUUAUUCCGACUUUUGUAUUUAAAUGUUGUGUUGUGUUCACUUUUUGUACACGUGAAAUAAAACUCUUAAAAAAACGUAUACAGAAUAUAAUGUUUGCCUGUAUUGUAGAGACAUCAAGGUGAAACUUCAGUUUAGGGAUCGUUCUAAGUAGCUAUAGUAGCUAUGACAGACAGACUAUAUCCGUUAUGAGCGAUUAUAAACAAUAUUAUAUACAAUAAUAAAUAAAUAAAACGCAUACAAAUAGUCUUUUUAUGUCUGAUCAUAUUCAUUAACUGUUAAUAGCUUCAUUAGUAACAUGUUUACGUGUUAUCGACAACCAGCAGACACCAGGAGUCCCCAGGACCGAGUUUGAGAAGCCCUGGUACAGAGUAUAGUCUCAUUCUGAAUCUUGUAGGCACAGCUGUCCUAAAUUGCUUCUUUUUGCCAUAAGGGGGCAGGAUCAGAA